UUUGAUUUCGAUGCCUCUGAAGAUCUGCCUUGUUACUUAGUAUAUUUAUUGGGACACGAUACGGUCGACACGAUGGCCGCAGGCUACUACUAAAGCCGCAGGUUACUACCUAUGGAGCCCUUGCCCGUGGAAACGGACUGCCUAGAACUGUGCGCCUGGUAGUGAAAUCAUGGCAAGGAUGGGGCACCGUCGUCACAGGCUUGACGUCUUACGUCAUCGCUUUUGCAUGCAGUUGCGUGAGGGUCUCGCGUCUAUGUGUUUGCAAGUCUUUCAAACAGGACUCGAGCGCUGGCGUUUCUAGUGGAAGUGAUGCGUGACACCAUUGAACUGGGCCAGUUGCUUGCCAUUGAUGACUGGUUGCCUCAGAUCGUGAGCCCUCGACCAAACUCUUAGGCCCUCACAGCCUGAAGCGACACCAGAGACGAAGACCAAGAGCCCACCGGAUCAGAGAGCGCGAGCGUUAGGACUCAGGCGGCCUGACAAUAUUAGCGCUAUCCAAGUGCGCGCGCGUGUUCCAGUUCUUUCAAAAACUCGAUGGCGCAAACUUUUGCGUCGCCUCUGCUUCAAGGCAAAGCCAUUCAUUACCACCCCGAUUCACAUAGUUUGGCCAUUUUAUUGAAGACUUGGGGCAAGGGGCAAUAGAGUGGCAAUGGCUAAAAGAAUCUCGAGAGGGUUUUUGGAUGGAUUGUCGGGGGGAGAAGGGGGGUAGGGGGGCCUACCCCUUUGCGACCCCUGUCCAACCCUCUCCCCAACUUCCGUGCCAGACCAGACGCGGCGACGUUUGAGCGCCUCAAUGAAAACUGCGGAAAAACCAGCACCACAGGAGGGGGAUUGGCGUCUCGCAGCUCUCUCGUUGGGGUGUGCAUUCGGAGGCUGCGAGCGGGGAGCUCUAACUGGGGCCAGCCCGCUGGCAACGCCUUCACGCCUUCCCGCUUGCCUGAUGAUUUUCGCGGAGGACGGCCGAAAAGGCGCUGAAAGUAAGAGCCAGCCACGCGGGCGCGAGGCGAUAGCUGUAGGCGCGCAGCUGGCUCUUCGCGGAUCCGGACACCCCUCGAGGAGAGAGAGACAGAGAGAGAAGGCCGCGGGCGGGUAAUCUCGCCAAGAUAGAAACGCGGCGCCCACCUUCCGCCCGGGCAACCCCUCAGGCCCCCCGCGCCCGGUCACAACCGACAGCGCGAGGAGGUAGCCGCAAAAAGAGCCAAAGUCUAGCUAGAGGCUGGCUCCGUGGGAUCUCUCUAAGAAGAAAACCGCGGGGAACUGAAGCGUGGCGGGCAAUGGGCAACGCCUCAGCAAGAUGCCUGAUACUAAGCCCCGCGCGGUCCUCUUUCUGUCCUUAUUUUGAAGGCGCUGCCUGCAUCCAUAUGAGAAACCACCCAACGCGCCGGGCUUCAGGGUUCGCGCCGUGCCCGUUUCUUCGGGGGGCCACGCUGCUCCCCACUUUUCUGGGGCGGUCGGUGGCGUAUUUGUUUUGCCUUCGUGGGGCCAUGCUGUAGCUUUAGGGCCUGCUCAUACGGUGCCAGCCUCGGGGGCCAGGUCGUGCGGUGUUGGGGGGGGGGUGUGGUCAUUCUGUGCCCGGGGGGUCUGGUCGUGUCUCUUUCGGGGGUUUGCUCGUGCUGUGUCUGGGGGGUUUGGCUUUGGUCAAGCUGCGCCCCGGGGGCGGCUAAGCUGUGGCGAGUCUGGGGGGCCGCGGUGUGUUUUGAGGUCGCGCCGCCUGUCUGUGUUCGGGGGUCCGUGGUGUCUUGGGGGGAUGGAUCUUUCAGCGUUUGGGAAGUCAAUCGGCGUCUGAUUGGUCAUGGUGCCCUUGGUGGGUCCUGACAUGCGUCGGGGGGCCGGGGUGCGUUUAGAGGUCGUGGCGUCGCUCUGUGUUCGGGGGGUCGUGGUGUGUCUGGGGAGAUUGUUCGCGGUCUGGUUUGUUUGCGGGGGUCGCUCGGCGUUUAAGGAGGCGCGCGCCGUCUUAUUGGUCAUGUUCAUGCUGUCGGUGGGACGGUCGCGGCAUGUGCCGGGGGGCCGUGGUGUGUCUGGAGGGUCAGGGCGUGCCUGGCGGGUCGCCGGGUGUUCGGGGGUCGCCUCAUGUUCGGCGUUCCCUCGGGGGGUUAGGCUGUGCUUGAAGGGCUACAAUGCUUAGGGGUUCGGGCUGUGUUUGCCUUGGGGGUGAGGUUUCGCUUUUUGGACGGUGCAGCGCUUGGGGGGUUACGCUGCGGCGCUUUAGGAGGUCACGCUGCGCGUCUUGGGUUGUGUUGUGUCUUGGGUGCUGUCCGCGGUGUGUCGGGGGGGCCGUGACGGUUAGCGGACGCGGUGGCGUUCAUUGGGCUGCGUUGUGCUUGUCUUGGGGGGCCGGGCUUUGUCUUAGGGGUAAUGGGUUUGGUGCUUUAGACGGCCUCUCUUCAUCCUUCGCGGGCUGUGUUUUUUCUUGCGGGAGGGUCUGAGGGGUCGCGGAGUGCGGGGCGGGGGUGUGUGUCUGGAGCGAGAUCGCGGGGGGCUUGGGCAAUUGGCCUUGGUGUGCGCUGGGGUCGCGCGGAUCUUGGGCGGGGGGCCGCGUGAUGUUUUAGAGGCAACGCAGUCGCAGCGCCUUCGGGGGGCCGUGUUUCUACUAAGGGGCCCCGCUGUAUCUGAGACGAAGCGGCCACGGCGUGUCUGGUCGGUCGUGGUGUGUCCAGGGGAGCUUGGCGCGCUUUGGUGGUCGUCGUGGUGUAUUUGGGGGGUCGUCAUGUUUUGCCUUUGGGUUAUGCUUUUUUUUAGUCACUUUGGGGGCACGCGGUGCGUGAUUGUGAAUGUAUGGCCGCGGUGGUUUUCAAGGAUCGCGGUGCGCCUUGGGGGUCGUCGAGGGCCUUGGCGUCCAUGCUGGCGGCAGUGCUUGCUUGUGGGUCAUGCUCAUGCAGUGCCUCGAAGCCGCGCGCUGUUGGGGGGGUCAUGGCAUGCGUGGCAUACUCUCGGGGUCAUGUAGAUGCUCUGGGCAAGUCAUGCUGUGACGUGUUUCGGGGGGCGAUGGUGAUGCGCUGAAGGGUCGUUUUCUGUGUCUCUUGGGUCACUUUGUGCCUGAGGUCUCGCUUGGGUGGUGCUGGGGGGUGGUGGGUGCUGCUUGUGCAGGGAGGGCCAAUUCGUUCCCCUGGCGUCGCGAAAUGUUUUGGGAAUCAUGUUAGUGCCGCGGCUGGGGUGGUGGGGCAGGUUGUGUCUUGCAGGGAGUUUGGGGGGCCGUGCGCUGUCAGGGUGCGCGUGGUGUGUUCUGGGGGCCGUGGUCCUCUGUUUGGGGGGUCGUGGUGCUCUGGGGGCUGCGCGCUGCUUUUUGGGGGUCAUGUUGUGGCUUUGUUUAGAAUGGGGCCAGGCUCCUUCUCUUUUCGGCUUCGCGGCUUGGCUUUUUUCAAUGUCGUCGCGUGCUGCGAACGCGUGGCCGCUAUUACUUAGUUGGGGGGGGGGGUCGUGGUGAGGAGAGCCUUGUUAAGCUUGGCGCUGUGCUCCUGCGGUCGUGCUGCGUUUUGGUUGCCAUGCGGCUGCGCUUUGGUGGUCAUGCGGGGCAUUAUGAUGUGGGGCUGAGGGGUCUGGGUGCGUUAUGGUGGUCGCCAGGUGUUUGAGGGGUCAUGGUGGUCCUUGGGGGUCGUGGUGUGUCUUAGUCGUCGCCGUGGCGUGUUCAGGGUGGUGGUGCCGUGCUCUUCGGGGUCUUGCGGUGUUUUGGGGUCCGUGCGGUGUUUGGGGUGCUGCGUUGUUUUGGGGGUUCGUGCGGAGUCUUUGGGCGCGUGCACGUGCUGGCGUGUCUUGGUGGUCGUGUUGUGUUUCUUUGGGGGUCUAUGCUGUGCUCGGGGGUCGUGCUGGGUUUUGGGGGCUGUGCUGGGGUUUAUGCUCUGUCAUGCGGUGCUUUCGUGCGGGGUGGCUCGGGGGGAUCGUGGUGCCCCUUACGGCCAUGUCAUACCCCAGGGACUGUGUGCUGUCUGCGGGGUUGUUUCUUUUUGUGUUUUGGGGACGAUUGGCUGCCCGUAAUUUGUGCGCGGGGUCUUGCUGUGCUUCCAUCAUGUUCGUGCCCGUGUUGUGUUCUGGGGGUGGGGGCUGUAGUGGGUCUGGCUGCCUGGAGGGUCGUGGCGUGUCUCCUUGGUGGUCGUGGUGUGUUAUUGAGUUUUUGGGGCUGGGGUGUAUUUGGUGCUUCGUGUAUUGCUAUUGCUUGGGGGGCGCGCUGUGUUUGUGUGGCCACGCUGUAUUUCGGGGCCGUGCUGUGCUUAGGGGGUCGCGCACGCGCUGUGUUUGGGAUUGGGGGGCCGUGCUGUGUUUGGGGAGGUCGUGGGGUAUUUUGGGGGCCGCGGUGGGAUCGGUGGGCAGUCCCCGCUCGUUGAGCCAAAGAACAAAUCUGAGAACAGCUAGCCUCAGGUGAGAGCGUGGGCAGCUCAGGCUGGAGAGGCUUGAGCGGCUAAAGUUGGCCGGCCAAACUGUCUGGGCAAGCUUGGCGGCACCGCCCAGCGAGGACGCGCGGAACGCGCGGGCCUGGGAAGGCUCAUCGACGUCGAGCGCCCCCUGCGGCAUUGGCAACACCCCCGCCCCCGCGUGUGCAUGUCUGCCCGGCUUGUCUCGUCAUUGGCGAGGUGUGCCAAAUUGAUUCCGCGCGCUAGGGUUCUGGGCUGCGUGGACUGCUUCGGCCUUUUGUUCUUCUCCAUCAUCUCGACGGCGGCCGCCAAGGGGCGGGCGAGCGUUCCGCGCCUCAGUCGCUUUUUUUUGUCUUCUGCUUCUCUUAAGUUUCUGCUCUGUGCUUGUGGCUGUGCUGUUAUCAAGGAGGGGCCGCGCGCCCAAGGGGCGACCCCGGUUUCUUGUACACAUCAAGACGGCAAAACGCUCUUCGAGUCCCGUCCAGGGUCAAUCACAUAAAAAAGAGACCAAAAUGACAACCACAACAUUUUUGUCAGAUCACUCAUUAGAAGAACUGGAAGAGGACUCAGGGAAGUCGCAGACCAAACCUGAGUCCCGAGUCGACCAACUUCAUCAAUGAUGCAGACUCCGCGGUCUUGUUGUGGUCGAGAAUCCUAUGUGAAGUUAGCUGGUCCCAUAUAUUCUAUAUAAGUAUGUGCAGUUUCCUACCCCUACAUUUUCCUGUGCAGCUUGUGCUUUAAAAAGAGAAAUAGCGUGCUUAAAUUUUCCGUUUUCGUUUUUUGGUCCACUCGGUUUUUAUGGACAUUCACAGUGCUGCGUGAAUUUUGGUAGCGACCAUUACAUCACUGACUCGGAUACCCUUCAUAUAUCUUGAAGUAUUUUGCUAUAUGAAAACAUCUUGAAGUAUUUAGUUUCUUUCUAGCACGACACAGACAGUUCUUAGAAAAAUACAUAUCUGCGUUUAGACGAGACGACCUGUUCUUACUCGAGGACUGAAACGCGGACAACUUCUAGAGCCCAUAGAUUAGGCAUGUUUAGAACUAUACCAGAG